UAUGCAAUAUUUUUUUUGGUUCUCUUUGCCUAAUCUAUUAUAAGUACCCCCUUACUCUAUCGUAGUAGACCAAGCCACUUCUAACUAUAAUCCCCUCCAAAAAAAAAAGACACACAACAUUUUGUUCCUUUCAUAACCUCAACAAACCAUUCACCUAUGGAGGCACCAACUUGGGCGGCCUAUGCGGCUGCUUGGCUAGUGUCUAUAGCCCUAGUAGUCCUAAGCCACCACCUUCGCCGUCGUCGUAAACUCAACUUACCACCAGGCCCGAAACCAUGGCCAAUCAUUGGCAAUUUUAAUCUUAUUGGGUCUCUCCCACAUCGCUCCCUCCAUGAGCUUACUAAAACAUAUGGGCCUUUGAUGAUGCUCAAAUUUGGGUCUGUCCCAGUGUUAGUAGGCUCAUCAGUAAAAAUGGCAAAACUUUUCUUAAGAACUUAUGAUGUAGCCUUUGCAGGAAGGCCUAAAACAUCAGCAGGAAAAUACACAACCUAUAACUAUUCUGAUAUAACAUGGUCUCAAUAUGGUCCAUACUGGCGCCAAGCGCGAAAAAUGUGUUUGAUGGAGCUUUUUAGUGUCAAGAGGCUCGAAUCAUUCGAGUACAUUCGUGUUGAAGAGCUUAAUUCAGUGUUAAGAGCCAUAUUUAACACUAAUGGUGAACCCAUGAUGUUAAAAGAUCACCUCUCAACGUUGAGUUUAAAUGUGAUUAGUAGGAUGGUAUUUGGGAAGAGGUACUUAGAUGAAACUAAUGAUGAGAAACCAAUUGUUACACCGGAUGAAUUCAAGAAGAUGCUUGAUGAAUUGUUUCUUUUAAAUGGAGUGUUUAAUCUUGGGGAUUGGAUACCUUGUCUUAAGUAUCUUGAUGUUCAAGGUUAUGUAAAGAGGAUGAAGGUUUUGGCUAAGAAAUUUGAUAGGUUUAUGGAGCAUGUGUUGGAUGAACAUAAUGCUAGAAAGGUAAAAGAGAAGGAAGAUUGGGUGCCUAAAGAUAUGGUUGAUGUAUUGUUACAACUUGCUGAUGAUCCUAAUCUUGAAGUCAAGCUUGAGAGAAUUGGAGUCAAGGCAUUCAGCCAGGAUUUAAUUGCUGGAGGUACAGAAAGUUCAGCAGUGACAGUAGAGUGGGCAAUGGCUGAACUCCUAAAAAAACCAGAUAUCAUCAGAAAAGCAACUGAAGAACUCGACCGUGUAAUCGGAAAAGAAAGAUGGGUUGAAGAGAAAGACAUACAAAACUUACCUUAUAUUCGUGCAAUAUCAAAAGAAACAAUGAGAUUACACCCAGUAGCACCUAUGCUUGUGCCUCGCAUGACUAGAGAACAAGUUAAAAUUGAAGACUAUGAUAUUCCUAAAGGUAGCCUUGUGCUUGUAAAUACUUUCACCAUACAAAGAGACCUAAAUGUGUAUGAAAAACCUGAAGAAUUUUGGCCAGAAAGGUUUCUUGCAACGAAUAUAGACGUGAAAGGUCAAGAUUUCGAGUUAUUACCUUUCGGAUCAGGGAGAAGAAUGUGUCCUGGAUAUAGUCUUGGUCUCAAAGUUAUUGAGUCAAGUUUAGCUAAUCUUCUUCAUGGAUUUAUAUGGAAAUUACCAGGUAAUAUGAAGGUUGAAGAUAUUGAUAUGGAAGAGAUUUUUGGCCUAUCAAAUCCUAAGAAGAAUCCUCUUAUGGCUUGUGUUGAACCACGUCUUCCUCACUAUAUGUAUCAUAUCAUGUGAGCAAAAUUAUUUUGCUUAAACUUAAAUGAUCUAAAGCUAAUAUUUUAAGUUGGUUUUAGUGUGGUAAACCUAUAUUUUUGUGUUCUUGUUAUAGUUAAAAUAAUAUAAUCUAGAUUUCCUUAUUGUAAGUUAUGAGUAUCAAGCAUAAAAUAAACCACCUUGAUAUUUUGUUGAA